AUGGGAAAAUAUAAAAUAUUUAAAAAGAAAGAGAAAGAUGAGAAGAAGGAGGAGAAUAAUAUUGAAAAUAGAAAAGCAAGAAAGGAUGUUUUUGAUGAAAAAAAAGUUAAAAAAUAUAUAGAAAAAGAAAAUAUUAUAGAUAAUGUUUCAAAGACAUUCAAACAUACUAAAAAUUCAUUUUAUAAUAUUGGAUUUAUUGAAAAAUUAAUUUUAACAUUUUUUGUAACAAUUUUAACUUCAUGGUUUAUAAGAUGGAUUCUUAUCUUAGAUACGAAUCAAAAUAUUCAUCCUCAUCAUCCUUCAACAUGUUAUAAACCAUCAUUUAAAGAGCCAUUAAUUGGUAUGUUGGUUGUAGAUGAAAUAGAGAUGAUUCUUUAUUUUACUCAAAAAGGAAAAGUAUAUGGUGUUGAAUUUGAGAGGAAAGAUAUAAUAAAUGAAUUAGCUAUAGAUUGGAAACUAGAAAAAGAUAUUAUAUUAAAUAUUAAAUCUAUCUCAUAUUAUGGAGUUAAUUUUAAUAUAUUCUUUUAUUUAAUAAAUGAAAAAAAAGAUAUUGAUGAGAUAAUUGUAUUUGCAUGGGAGCAGAAACACUCAAGGUUAAUAUUUAACUCAAGAUACUAUAUUCCUGCCAUUCCUCGAAUUUCAUCUCUCUCACCAGUUGCCUUUAAUCGUUUAUAUCUUGUUUCAUCAUUUUAUUCCUUAAAUAAUGUAUUUUUACAAACACUUGAAAUUAUAACUAAUCUCAAGUAUGGCAGUAUAUAUUUUUAUGAUGGUAAAAAUGCUAAUAAAGUUGUUGACGGUUUGUCAUAUCCAAAAGAUAUAACAAUAGAUGGUAAAAGAAAUAGAUUAUUUGUGGGGCAGAUAAUAGCGAGGAGUAUUAAAGCAUACUACAUUAAGCCUGAUUUUUCACUUGAAGAGGCCUCAGAUAUUAAUACAAUACUUUCAUCACCAAAAAAAUUAUUUGUUGAUAAAAAAAGUGGUGAUAUAUGGUCAUUAUCAUAUGUUCAUUUAUGGAAAAAAUUAUAUAAUGAUUUUAUUCAAGAUUAUAAUAAUCAAACAAUUCAUGAUAAAGAAACAAAAGUUCAUCGUAUUAGAUUUCAAGAUACUAUGAUGAAAAGUUGGAUUGCAACAGAACCAUUUGCUGAUGAUGGAGAAUAUUUUUCUUUUGCAAAUGAUGUUUCAAUUUACGAUGAUCAAUUAAUUUUAACCUCAAAAAGUGAUGGCCUAUUGUAUUGUCCAAAACUUAAUAUAAAAAUUGUUUAA